AUGUCCAGCAUUCAUACUCUUCUUAACUUCCCAUCUGAUUUGGCGCAUAAUAAAAAAAAGGAGCCUCUCUUGCCCUCUUGUGGCAUGUUAAGCAUUUCUGACUCCAUCCCAGUUUGUUUCCCCAGAAAGAAAAUGAAUUCCCUGAUGGGUGACAUCAAAGUCGAGUUAGCAGCGAAGAGAGAACGUCUCCGAGAACUUCACCAGGAACAAAUACAGACCAUUAAUUUUAUCCGCGACCUCAAGGGUCAAAAAGCGGCCCUGGAACAACUCACCACCAGCGCCCGGAAGUCAAAGGAAACACGCCACAAACAAGACAGUGGAAUGACUGUUGAUGAACAGAUAGCGAAGGAAGAAAUGAAGGCACAAAAAAUAACAGAUGAAAUAGACGCUCUUGAAAUGGCAAUUUCACUACUUGAAGAAUGA